AUGUCUUCCCCCGACCUUCCGACAAUCGAGGCAGCGGAUCCUGCCAACUUCCCGCUCGACUCGUUCAAGAUAGCCAUCGCAGUGGUCCUCUCCAAUGCGCUCCAUCUUCCCCUCAGCACCGCGUUCUCUGGCGUCGACUAUGGUAAAAAGGGUGUAGACUUUACGGUCGCGGUUCCCCGCUUCCGACUCAAAGCCAACCCUGCCGAACUGAUAGAAAAUUUUACCAGCACGUUCACUCCCAACCACUACCUCGAACGAUGCAUCGGAGAUGCAGCCUUCCUUCACUUUUACGUCCGCACCCCGACGCUCCUGAAACUCGUCCUCGACCGCAUCCAUCUGCCGCCCUCUCCGUCCCGACCCUCUUUCGGGUCGAAUGUGCAAGGGACUGGCAAAAAAGUCAUCGUCGAGUUCAGCAGCCCGAAUAUCGCAAAGCCCUUCCACGCAGGCCAUCUGCGGAGCACCAUCAUCGGCACGGUUCUGUCGAACAUUUCUGAGGCUAACGGGUGGGACGUUGUCAGGAUGAACUAUCUAGGUGACUGGGGGAAACAAUUCGGACUUCUCGCUGUGGGUUUCGAGCGCUAUGGAUCCGAAGAACUGUUGGCCCAGAACGCCAUCAUGCACCUCUUCGACGUCUAUGUCCGAGUGAAUCGCGAUGCCGCACACGAAAAAGAAAGUAGCCAACAACGACUCACUGACGAGAAGGCUCGCGAAGUCUUCCGCAAGAUGGAGAGUGGCGAUGAAGCGACGCUGUCUCUGUGGCGCCGAUUCCGCGAGCUCUCGAUCAAGAAGUACCAGGAAGUGUACAAUAGGCUACAUGUGCGAUUUGACGUCUACGCGGGGGAGUCGCUCGUGCGCUCGGAGCGGAUCCAAGCUGCUAUGGCUGCUCUAGAAGCGAAGAACCUUCUCACGGACAAGACGUCGAAGGAGAGCGAUACUAACUGGAAGGAAACGAAGGCGGCUCUGAAAAAGGGUGUGCCGGAUUCUGUCGACGACGGGGACGAGGACGACGCAAGUGGUGAAGCACCUGCAAAAGCCGUCGACCUUAGCCAGUGGAAACUGGGAAAGCCUGUCGUACAAAAGCCUGAUGGUACCACUAUCUACAUAAUGCGGGACAUCGCGGGUGCCUUCCAACGAUACGAAGAAUACAAAUUCGACAAAAUGAUCUACGUCGUCGGCAACCAGCAGGAAGCGCACGUAGCGCAGUUCUUCAGGAUCCUCUCCCUCCUGGACGCCCCCUUCGCCGAUCGCCUCGAACAUGUGAGUUUCGGCAAGGUGAACGGGAUGAGCACGCGCAAGGGGGACGUCAAGUUUCUUGAAGAGAUUCUUGACAUGGCAAAGGAAGCCAUGCUGGCGCAGAUGCAGCAGAAGGAAGAUAAGUUCCAGGAUGUGGAGGACCCCGAUGCGACUGCGGAUCAGAUUGGCAUGACGUGCGUCAAGAUACAGGACAUGCGGGCGAAAAGGAUACAUUCGUACAAUUUCGAACCCCAGCGGAUGACGUCCUUUGAAGGCGACACCGGCGCAUAUUUGCAGUACGCGCAUGUUCGACUGCGCUCCGUCGAGCGCCGGGUCGCCCCUACAGUCGUCUUGCCAGAUGACCUGUCGCAAAUCAACCUGGAUCUUUUGGCCGAGCCGAAAGCGCGAGAGAUCGUCUUCAUCCUGGGGACGUACCCGGACGUCGUGCGGACGGCUCUGAAGACGUACGAGCCGAGUAAUAUCGUCUCGUUCAGCUUCAGACUCAGCCAUGCCAUUAGCUCCGCUUGGGAGACCCUCAUCGUGAUGGGCCAAGAGCGGGAGCUUGCGCAAGCGCGUCUUUUUCUUUACACCAGCGCGCGAGACGUGCUGGCUAGCGCCAUGCGGUUGUUAUCGCUGUCUCCGCUUUCUCGUAUGAUAUACCGACGUCCUAAUCGUGACGUCACCGUCACUACUGCCCUUUAUCCCGAGCCCAUGAGCGCAGGCCAUCCGAUCUUGCCUUCUGUGUUGCCCUCAGCUCCUGCUCUGCAAGACGUCGAGACGACGCCGGAGCAAAUCGCAAAGGGCGUAGGGAAGGUUGCCACACCCGCUGACACUCCCAUAUUCAUAUGUGCAUUCGAUGAAUGCUACCGUCUCUUCCCCAACCGCGACCGUCUAAUGGCGCACCGCAAACGUGACCAUGGUACUGAGGAGGCGGGAGACGUAAUCACUUGGAAUGAGUGAAUAUACAGUAUAACGCUCGACGCGUUUUCAGCUUCAAGCGCAGUCUCGCUUGCCCUCCGUUCGGGUGUGAAUCAAGGAUCUCGUUCUAAAAUAGUACAGUGUUGGUGGGGAUCAGGAUCAGCAGUUGGUUGUUUGGACGAAGUGAUGAGAAGGCCAGCGGAAAUGGGGGCAAACCAGCGGCUUGAUGAUCUUUGCUAGCCCUGAUUACAGCGGGAGUAUGGUUCAAUCCUCAUAGAAUUACUCGCCUUGGAUAGGGCCUUGGUCACGGGCCGUUGGACAUAGGACGGCACUAGAGAUAACGAGUCUGUGGCUGAAGGUAUACACAGUGCCCUACAAGCAUGCGGAG